AUGACUCCGGCCUGGCUCAGUACAGCCGCCUGGGCCCUAGGGCUCUUACUAUAUGUCGAGGGUGGCUCGGCGAUAGGAACUCCCGACCUCAGAAAGCCUGCCAGCCCUGGAUAUCGUGGUUCAGACCCCUGUCCCACAUCUUGCCGCAUCACAGGUCCCAAUCCAUCCAAUUGGUCCGCAUACCAUAACUUUGAGCAGUUGCAGUCCUGCAAGCAGUCCUUGUUUUACGAAUUCUCCCUGUAUGAUAAAGUGGAUGACCCGGAGACCCUUCACCGUAUUUACGCCUGCGCAUCAAAUGGCGAGGAUUGGUACAAUCUGCCACAAUCACAAAAGAAGGUGAAGACCACUGUCGAGUCUGUAGACUCUACCUACCAGAUCGGGUGGUGGGCCGACGGGGCAUUAUCUGCAACCGGCAUCAGUGCGGUUUUGGAGCAGAUGCGCCGCUACCUAAAAGUCGAUCAUGCAGCAAGCAAGAACAGCACAUUCUUGUUUGCCCGCUUAGGCUCGGCUUCGGUUGGCGUUUACAUUGGCAAGGGGCUGCAGAAGGAAAGUGUCAGCUCUUUCGCCCUCAGGACUGCGGAACAUAAUAUCGCCAAGCUUCCUGUCAACACUGGAACCGUGGCUAUGCAGCUAUGUGACCAGAAUAAGGACAGUGGGUUUACCUUUGGGUUGAUUGCCUCGAGCAAUGGCACCUUUGCCUCCGUGCAAGAUGCCAUGAAGACUUGGGCCAAAGGAGGUUGUCUCUCAUUCCAUGAUAGCAAGAACAUCACUGGCACGGCGGCCCUGACUACGCCGCUGUUCAGCUCAACCAAAGCAACCAAGUCAAAGCUUGUUUCCAGCUCAAUAUCAUCCCUCGGUGCGAAACAGUCGGCAACACUGCCGGACCUUGCGCCCAAGCCUGGUGCGGAUGGAUCGUGUGCCACGUAUACAGUUCAACCGGAUGACAACUGUUCCAACCUAGCUGCUGCGUACAGCUUGACUAUCGCCGAGCUGGAAGAGUUCAACAAAAACACCUGGGGCUGGAACGGAUGUUCGAACGUUUGGAAAGGCACCGUUAUGUGUCUCAGCACGGGAACGCCGCCCAUGCCAGCCCCCUUGGAGAACGCGGUCUGUGGCCCUCAAAUGCCCGGCACUCCCAUCCCGUCAGAUACGACCAAUCUCACCCACCUCAAUCCAUGCCCGCUGAAUGCCUGCUGUAAUGUUUGGGGCCAGUGUGGUAUUACAGAUGAAUUCUGCAUCGACACGAGUACUGGUGCACCUGGGUCGUCUGAACAAGGCACAGCUGGUUGCAUCUCCAACUGCGGCACCCAGCUUGUCCGCAGUGAUGCCCCCGAGGUCUUCCGGAGUAUUGCAUAUUAUCAGGGUUACAGUUUCAAUGGUCGGCAAUGUCUGUACCAGGAUGCCCUACAGAUUGAUGGUUCGAAGUACACGCAUCUGCACUUCGCGUUCGCCACACUCACCGAUGACUACGAGGUCGUGUUCGAAGAUAAAAUUAUGGAAUAUGAGUUCUCGAACUUCCUUAAAAUCGCAGGCCCUAAGAAGAUCCUCUCCUUUGGCGGCUGGGGCUUUUCUACUAAUCCCGACACUUAUCACAUUUUCCGUCAGGGCGUCAAACCAGCUAAUAGACUGAAGUUUGCCACUAACGUCGCCAAUUUCAUCGAGGAUCGCGGCGUUGAUGGCGUUGACAUCGAUUGGGAAUAUCCAGGAGCCCCUGACAUGCCCGGUAUCCCCCUGCCGACCAAGACGACGGCGAGAACUAUCUCGCCUUUCUCGUUGUCCUCAAAAAUCUGCUCCGGGGGAAGUCGGUUUCAAUCGCAGCGCCGUCUUCGCAUGUGCCUCCGCAGCCAUGUCAACCUGACUGAAACUAUGAGUUCAAUGGUCAUGAUCACCAAAGCAGGCGUUCCCUCGAACAAAGUGGUCAUCGGGAUGACAAGCUAUGCUCGAUCGUUCGCCAUGGCCGACCCCGAAUGCUACGGCCCAGAGUGCUUCUUCACCGGAGCCCCUACCGACUCACCCGCAACAAAAGGCGUAUGCACAGCCACAGGAGGCUACAUCGCCGAUGCGGAGAUAAACGAGAUUAUCAGUAACUCCAGCCGAGUCAAUCAGCAGUAUACCGAUUCAACCAGCCAUAGCAGUAUCCUGGUCUACGAUAAUGACCAAUGGGCUGCCUACAUGAGUCCUGCGAUCAAGGCCGCGCGGAAGACUCUCUAUAAGAACUUGAACAUGGGCGGGAGCAGUGAUUGGGCCACGGACCUGCAGGAGUACAAUGAUCCGCCCAACAAUGGUACUACUUGGGCCGACUUCAAGGAAAUGGUCAACAAUGGCGAGGACCCAUGGGAGGUCGAAAACUGA